GCUUGUGCGCCUGCGCGCCACGCACAGAACUACAUUUCCCAGAAGGGAGGAGAGGCGCCUCGGUUUCCAAUGCAAAGCCGAGCUGUCUCUGAGCAGGAGCUGUUAAAGGGCUGUUUUCAGCCCUUUCCUCUUCUUGGAGAGAGCGCUGCGGAGACAUGUACGCCACGUGGAAUUUAUUGACAUUUCAAGAUGUUGCUGUGGAAUUCACCCAAGAAGAAUGGAACUAUUUGGAUCCUGGUGAGAAGGACAUGUACAGGGAUGUGAUGCUGGAGAACUAUGAGAACUUUGUCUCCCUUGGGUUUCCAGUAACUAAACCAUCCGUGAUUUCUCGUCUGGAGAGAUAUGAAGCCCCCUGGAUAUCAGGGGAAGAAGACCCCAGAUGCAUUUCUGAGGAUUCCCCAAUUAAGAAAAGAGAAUAUGAAACCAAGGAGUCAAUUUCAGAACAUUGUAUUACUAUCAGAGAGACAUCCAGAGAGAGACUCAUAAAGGAUAAUUUCUGCAAUUUUAAAUUGGGAGAAGCUUGGAAUCAUGACACUGGAUUAGAAAGGCAGAUAAACAACCCAGAAAGAAAGUCCAUGAAGCUAAUUGUUAAGCACAGCAAAUCUUCAUGUAGCAGAAUUUCCAUACUGAAGAACAUUUCUAAAUUUAAUAAAUACAAGAAAUUUUUCAGUUACCACUCAAAACAGAAUCAUUAUCAUAAAGUGUGUUCUCAAGGAGAACCUCAUAGAAUUGAUGAAUGUGGCAAAACUUUCCACAUCAAUUCAUGCCUUAAUGUACAUGAAGGAAUUCACCCUGGAGUGAAAUCUCAUAAAUUUGGUGAAUGUGAUAAGCCUUCCAGCUACAAUUCAGACCUUGCUGUUCCACAGAAAAAUCUUCAGAAGGAAAAGCCUAUUGAACAAUGUAAUAAUGAUAACAAAACUUUUAGCCAGACGGGAUGUCUUUCUCAACAUAAGAGACUUCCUACUGAAGAGAAACCUUAUAAAUGUAAUGAAUGUGGAAAAGGCUUUAGGUUGAAAAGAUGGCUUGCUGUACAUGGAGCAAGUCAUACUGGGGAGAAGCCCUAUGAAUGUAAUGAAUGUGACAAAGCAUUCUUCCAGAAGGAUCUCCUUCAGAAGCAUAAAAAAAUUCAUACUGGAGAGAAACCAUAUAUAUGUAAAGAAUGUGGGAAAGCCUUUAUGUUUAAGGGAAACCUGAAAAUACAUUAUAAAAUUCAUACUGGAGAGAAACCAUAUGUAUGUAAUGCAUGUGGAAAAGACUUUAGGCGUAAAGAAGGCUUGUAUGCACAUGAGUUAGUUCAUACUGGGCAGAAGCCUUAUAAAUGUAAUGAAUGUGAAAAAGCCUACAGGCACAAAUCAAGUCUUAAUGCACAUAAGAGAAUUCAUACUGGAGAGAAACCCUUUAAAUGUAAUGAAUGUGGAAAAGCCUAUGGGCAGAAGGCAGGCCUUAAUUCGCAUAAGAGAAUUCAUACUGGAGAGAAACCCUUUAAAUGUAAUGAAUGUGGAAAAGCCUUCAGGCAGAAGGCAGGCCUCAAUGCACAUAAGAGAAUUCAUACUGGAGAGAAACCUUUUAAAUGUAAUGAAUGUGGAAAAGCCUACCGGCAGAAGGCAGGCCUUAAUUCGCAUAAGAGAAUUCAUACUGGAGAGAAAUCCUUUAAAUGUAAUGAAUGUGGAAAAGCAUUCUGGUACAAGGCAAGCCUUAAUUCACAUAAGAGAAUUCAUACUGGAGAGAAACCUUUUAAAUGUAAUGAAUGUGGAAAAGCCUACAGGUACAAGGAAAACCUUACUUUACAUAACAGAAUUCAUACUGGAGAGAAACCCUUUAAAUGCAAUGAAUGUGGAAAAGCCUACAGGCAGAAGGCAAACCUUAAUUCACAUAAGAGAAUUCAUACUGGAGAGAAACCCUUUAAAUGUAAUGAAUGUGGAAAAGCCUACUGGCAAAAGGUAAAUCUUAAUUCACAUAAGAGAAUUCAUACUGGUGAGAAACCCUUUAAAUGUAAUGAAUGUGGAAAAGCCUACAGGCAGAAGGCAAGCCUUAAUUUACAUGAGAGAAUUCAUACUGGAGAUAAACCCUUUACGUGUAUUGAAUGUGGAAAAGCAUACAGGCACAAGAAUUUAUUGACAUUUCAAGAUGUUGUGGUGGAAUUCACCCAAGAGGAAUGGAACUAUUUGGAUCCUGCUCAGAAGGACAUGUACAGGGACGUGAUGCUGGAGAACUAUGAGAACUUUGUCUCCCUUGGGCUUCCAGUGCUAAACCAGCUUGAUUUCUCAUCGGGAGGAAUGAAGACUCCCUAA